CUUGAGACAAAUGACCAUGUUAGUUUAUUUAGGGUAUUGCUGAUGCAGCAACUGUAAUCUAUAUGGUUACUGUUGUAGAAUAUUGGAGAGAAUAAAAAAUCAUUCAUUGAUUAAUCCUAAUCUCCCUUAAAUAGAAUAUAGGAGUGGUGGCAAAGAAAAAUUACAUAGAAAUCUAACAAAUGAAAAAUUAAUACGAAGCUCUUCCCUACUUUCAAAUAUUUGCAAAUCACUACCUGCGGUCCUUCGUUUUCUCUUUUUACACUCCCGCUCAAGCUGGAGCAUAUAUGUCUAACAUGCUCAGCUUGUUACGACAUUCAGAACCUAGAUAUACGUAAAGGUUUAUUAAACACAUGGCAAACUUGAUCUGCAGCCGAGACAUGAAUCAUAAAGAUGUUUCCAACCUUCACCAUGUCUUUGAUGUAUUGUCAAUCGACCUCUAUAUGUUCAGCCAUUUCAUGAAAGACUGGAUUGUUUACAAUAUAGAUAGCUGCUUUGUUGUCACAUAGCAUCUUCAUUGGAAGAGACACUUGGGCUCCCAAGCUAGUAAAUAUUGCCUUUGUCCAAAUCAUCUCAAUUGUAGUUUGGGCUAUGGCUCUAUACUCAGACACUGCACUCAGUACCACCACCACUGUUAAGAUGUGUUUAUAUUCAGUUUUAGGUUUAAGAGGGUACUUUUGUAAUAACUUUUCCUUUAGAUGGUUCUCUUGUAACUUCUCUCUCUCCUCUAGUCUAUAUAAAGAGGAGUUAGGGCAGAUUUCGAGGUUAAUCAAAGAUUAUUCUUUCUAAUCUUAUCAUGGUAUCAGAGCAGCAGCCGUCUCCUCCUCCUUGGCGCGCCGAUUGAGCGGCGCCGCCCGCCGCCUGACCGCGCCCAUCGCUGCGCUUCCUCCACCCGCUCGUGUCCACCCAUCUCCGCCCGUCGCUGACCUCUCCACCCGACGCCUCCGCCAGUCGCCGUCCUGACCUCUCCGCCCGACGCCUCCGCCCGUCGCUGACCUCUCCACCCGACGCCUCCGUCAGCUGUUGCAGUCAUCUUCGCCGCUGCCCGCCGUGGCUGUCACCUCCACCCGCCGCCGCCGUCCGUCGCUGUUGCUUCUCUGCUGCUGCUGCACGCUGCAUCGCCUCUGCUGUCUCCACCACUCUCCUCUGCUCCGCCGCUGCUCUGCACGCUGAUUUUCCUCUCAGCGUCUUCGCUGCAUCGCCUCUGCUGUCUCCACCAUCGCCUCUGCUGUCUCCACCACGCUGUCGUCUCUGGUAUCUCUCUUCGUUCAGUUCUGUUGUUGCCUCUUCCAGCCGAUCAGCCUUAUGCAUUGCUGCCUGGGUUAACUGCUUCAUGAUCAGCAUGUUGUCUUUCGAUAUGUGAUUGUCUUCUUUUUGCCUGCACUUCCUAUUCCGUGGCUCGGUUUCCUCCAUUGUGUUGAGCGAUGUCUGAAAUUAGCAGUGGCGCUAAUACCUCUUCCUUUGUGUCGUCGGGAGAGAUGAAGAGUUCCCCAUUUUCCAGUUUUAUCACCAAAAUGGAUGGGGGUAAUUACGAGAUGUGGGCCAUGCAAGUAAAAAGAACCUUGAUCGCUCAUGAGAAGGAACAUCUUAUAUUGGAGCCCGAGCCCGUACAGAAGGUAAGAAAAUAUACUACUUGGUUUAAAGAUAAUUCGUUGGUUAUGGUAUGGAUUGUUGGUACUCUUACUCAAGACAUUGCCAAUGAAGUCCUGCAUAAGGAAAGUGCAAAGGAUAUGUGGGAUUCCCUUGCAGCCACCUAUUCACAAGCAAGGAAUGAAACAAGAAUUAUGCAACUUCAUCAUGAUAUUCAUCAGAUGCGCCAAGAUGGUCGCCCUCUACAUACUUACUAUUCUAGUCUCAAGUCCAUGUUUGAGAGACUAAACAACUACUUUCCUGCAUGUAAGUGUGAACAACAGAAGGCAUACAGAGAUAUGCUUAUGGUCGGAGUAUUUCUGUCUGGAUUAGACUCUGUUUAUGAAUCAGCAAAGAAUCAGAUGCUCACUAGUCCCUCGAUUCCUCCUAUUGAUGAAGCUUAUAGUAGGCUAAGCAGAAUUCCAAUCCCUUCAUCGUCUGUUCUUGAUACCACUUCUGCUAUGCUUGCUACUCGUGGCAGAGGUGGGUCCCUCUUUGCCAGAGGACGAGGAUACCGUGGCCGUGGCAGUACCCCUUCGCGCCCAGUCUGUCAGUUUUGUCAUCGCAUUGGUCACACUGUGGAUAAGUGUUGGCAGAAACAUGGUCGUCCAGCUGUUGCCAAUCAGACUGUAUUUACUGAUUCUCCAGAGCAGCCUAAGACUCAGCAUCCUGUUUCCUCCAGUGAGUUACGUGCAGAUGAUAUUAUCUCUCAGUUGAGACACUUGAUUGGAGAUAGACCUCAACAAGCUCCUGAUCCGACCACCUCUACUAUCACUACUGCUGCCAGUGCGUCUUCAUCUGGAUAUACUGACGGGCAGGGUGAUUGGCAGUGGCCGUGAACAGGGAGGUCUUUACAGGCUAGUGCAUCCCUUUCCCUUUGCUGGGUCUACCUCUGCAGGGUCGUCCUCAUCCUCG